AAAUUGAAGAUCACGUGAUUUUACUUUCAAAAUUUUUUUGUUGAAAAUUUUUUCGAAAAAAAACACAUUCGAAAGUAAAAUGGCCUAUCCUAAUAUACCCCAGGUGCCUUUUCCCCAACCAAAUACUCGAAUCGCUCAAACGUCUACUAACCCACCAAUUACUAUUUCUCCUCAACGAAGACCAUCCUCUUCACCAACACCAGGACGAGAAAAAGAACUUUCACCACCACCAACUCCCCAAAGAAGAAGCGCUGGAAAUUCUCCAGUAAGUUAAAAAAAAAUUUUUUUUUUCUCUAAACUAAGAUAAUAAGGUACUUUGAUAUUGAAACUUCAUAAAACUCAGCCCACUACACAUUAAAAUAAACAUUAAAAACAAUAUAUUAUUUUCUAUAUGUUAAUUGUCAAAGAUCUGUCAAUUAAAAUUUAUCUUUAUAUAGAUGAGUUCAAUAGAGAGUAUAGUGACUCAACUUCUAGUCACAACUAAAUUGUUGUUAGAAGGGUUAACUAAUUGGUCUAAGAGGCGUAUGACUGAUAAAGAAGUUUCUGAUAUUUAUGUGAAACUUGGUAACGAAUUGAAUACCGUUGUCCAUAUAUUUAGACAGUCAGGUAUUGAUAUGAGUGAUUUAGCUAACAUUCCACAGGAUUUAAGAAGUUGUCUAGAAAAAGCUUUGAGUGAAGAAGCUUCCCCAGCUGCUUUAGAAGCUAACCUUCCUAAAAUAAGGGAUAUUAUAGUAACUUUAUUGCAAGGACUAAAGGCAAAACAAGCUUCUUAUCGCCAAUUACAUGGCGGUUAUGAUCAAUCACCACAGAUUUCUAUACCUGCACCACAAAACAUGACAAGAUCUAUUUCAGCCAGGUCGAAUUCAACAAGUCCAAAAUUGGUAACUCAACAAAGUUUGACACCAUCAUCCAAUGUUAGAAGAAAUGUUAGUUCACCUUCACGUAUUAAUGCGGGUGGUAGUCAAUCAUCAGAUCCUAUGGAUGCAUUGAAAUAUAGUGACAAUCUUGAACGGCGUGCCUCUAAAAGAUUUUCUGCUUAUACAAUGCAAAGAGGAGGUCAUACAAGAGCAAGGUCAAAUUUACGUAACCAAGAAAAUUUAAAACCACCAUCACCUGAACCAACAACUCCUGAACCAACUAAAGAUUAUGGUCAUGAGGAACCAGAAGAUGAAAAUAAUUCUGUUAGCCCACAACCAGAGACACCACUAUCUGAAACACAAGAAGAAAAGAUGCCUAGAGAAGAGAAUCUUAAUGUAGAGGUUCCGUCAAUCAAUAUUGAAGAAUCACAACAUAGGAGUCUUACAUUAUUUUUACAGCUGAAUAAAGAUGCCAAGAAAGUUGAAUAUGACGGAGAUAUAAGUAUUCCAGCUUUAAGAAUGUUAUUUAUUGAGAAAUUUCAAUAUAAUCCUGGCCUGGACGAUUUCCCUAAUAUUUAUAUAAAGGAUCCAUAUACGGGAGUACUUUAUGAAUUAGAAAAUCUUUCGGAGGUCAUAAAUAAUUCGGUUUUAGCUUUGAACAUUGAAGCUCUUGAUCAAGUUAAGAAACAUCUCGACCAAAGUAUCGCUAAUUUAACGAAGGAAAUUCGUGAAAUUAAAAAAACAUUUUCAGAAAAUGCUGAAUUUUUUCGUCGUGGAAGUCUGGUUAAUUCCACAACACCUACUACUCCCACACUUCCGAAACAUAGCGAAAGUCAAUUCAGAGAUUUAGCAAGAAUGGUUCUUACUAAUGUGAAAAGUAAAAAAGAAAAGGAUGAGAAAAUUGAACAAGAAAAGAAAGAUUCUCUUAUUGUGAAAUUUGCUAGUGAUCUUAGAGGACAAUUUGAUGAAGUUCAAAAUCUUCGAAGGGAUUUGGGGGUAAUGCGACAAUUCUACAAUGAAUUUCAAUCAGAUACAAAAAAAAUGAUUGAAGAUUUGAUGACACAGACGACUACGAUUAAAAAUGUUUCAUUAACAAAAAUUGGAUCAACAAGAACAUUUAUUGAUGCCGGUAAAGCUAAAUUGGACACACGUACAAAUAAUUUAGUUAACAAAGUAGAUGAAUUACAGGAUAUUAUUGAUGAGCUCAAAGCUGAUGUUACUGCAAGAAGGAGUAAACCACGAGAAACGACAGUUCAAUAUGUCAAGAAAGAAUCAGCCGCUGUUGCUGAAGAACUUGCGUCUUUACAUGAAUAUGUGAAAACUGCUAAACCAAUGUGGAAGAAAAGGUGGGAGGAAGAACUACAAAUGAUUGUUGAUGAACAAAAAUUUUUGAAUCAUCAAGAAGAGCUUAUAGAAGAUUUGGACGAUGAUAAUAAAAAAUUAACGGAAGUGUUUGAACAUAUCACGAAAGUUGUACAAUUACAAUCUAAUUCCAGACCAAAAGAAUUUAUUAUUAAACAAAAAGAGGAAGGAUUUGAAGGGUUAAAAACUGUUCUUGAAGAAGUUCGUGGAAUUUCGCCUGAUCAUGAGAGAAGGAUAAAGGCUUUAGAAAUGGCGGAAAAACAACGAGAACGUGAUUUAGCAAGUCGUAUUGAUGAAUUUGAAUUAGAGUUAACAAAUUUUGUUGCUCAAAAUAAGUUAAAAAAGACUGGUGGAGCUGAAGAGGCAGAAAGAUUAAGACAAAAGAAAAAUGAAGAAACUUUGAAACAAUUAUUCAAAGCAGCAGAAAAUACAGUUACUGAAGAAAAUAACGCUUCAUAAUAUAAUUUAAUUUAUUAUAUAAUGAAAUAUUUUGAACGAAAAAUUAUAUUCUUAUAUUAAAGUACAUAGUCUUAUAUAUUGUAAUUAUAUAUAUAUAUAUUAUAUAUAUAUAUAGAU